CACUUAAUUAUCGAUGAGAUCUCAAUGGUGGAUGGCAAGUUCUUUGACAGGCUGGAGGCAGUGGCGAGGGCAGUCAGAAAACAGGAUGAGCCUUUUGGAGGAAUUCAGCUAAUCAUCUGUGGGGACUUCUUGCAGCUACCCCCAGUCUGCAAGGCUAACGAAGAAACCAAGUUCUGCUUCCAGGCAAAAAGCUGGAGGAAAUGCAUCCACAUAAACAUGGAGCUGACUGAAGUGCGGAGACAGACCGACAAGACCUUUGUCUCACUCUUGAGUGCAGUCCGUUUAGGCAGGUGCACCGAGGAGGUUACCAGACUGCUGAUGCAGACCGCUGCUAACAGGUCUGAGCAUGAUGGGAUCCUGGCUACACGGCUCUGCACCCAUAAAGAUGAUGUAGAAAUAACUAAUGAGAGACGUUUGCAACAGCUAUCAGGAGAAGUGCGCACUUUUGAGGCUUUGGACAGUGACCCAAUGCUAGUGAAGUUAAUUGAUGCUCAGUGUCCUGUGGGUGGUAGAGUUGAGCUAAAGCUUGGAGCUCAGGUGAUGCUAGCUAAGAAUCUGGAUGUGUCUCAAGGGCUGGUGAAUGGGGCACGAGGAGUUGUUGUAGGAUUUGAAAGUGAACAGAAGGGGCUGCCUAAGGUGAGGUUUCUCUGCGGGGUCACACAGGUCAUCAAAACAGAGAAAUGGGUCUUCAAAGGACCAUCAGGACUUCAUCUGAGUCGUCAACAGUUGCCUUUAAAAUUGGCAUGGGCCAUUUCCAUUCACAAGAGUCAGGGCAUGUCUUUAGAUUGUGUGGAAAUCUCCCUGUCUCGUGUCUUUGAAAGUGGGCAGGCUUACGUAGCCCUCUCCCGAGCCCGUAGCCUUGCAGGUCUCCGUGUUCUGGAUUUUGAUCCAAAAGUAGUGAGAGCGGAUCCUUCUGUGUUGCAGUUCUAUAGACAGCUGAGAUGUCAUCAACUUCUAACCCAGGAUUCUCUACAUACCCAUUCAGGUGCUGAUGAGAAGGAGAACUGGAAAUGCAGCUGA